AUGGCUCAGGUGUGCGGGCUGGGCCUGCUGCUGGUCCUGCUGCUUUCCGUGGCUGGCGCCUCCAUGCCGGGCACCGUGGUCAGAAUCAACAUGGCUGCACUGAACUACGUGUCUGAAAUCGGGAGAGCCCCUCUCCAGCGGGCCCUGCAGGUCACUAUCCCAUAUUUCCUGGACCAGAGCGGAGAGACGCUUCAGCCCACCAGGAUCCAGAUCCGGAAUGUCGUUGUCCCCCACCUCCACCUGAAUUUCGUUGCUGAUCUUGGGAUACACAUGUCGGCAACGGCCAACUUCACUUUCCAGAUCUUUAGGGCCUCCGAGCCCUUGGAGCUGAUGCUGCCCGUGGUACUGCUGGCCGACGCCCGCGUGGCCCAGGGCUCCAUCGGGACCCCCGUGGUCAGUAUCUCCGCCUGCUUCUCACGCUUCGGCCAUGCCAGUGUUUUUGAUGGCAGUAACAGCACUGCUGCCCCUGCGCUGCUGGUCCCAGUGCAGAAGCACAUCAAGGCUGUCUUGAGGAACAAGAUCUGCCUGAGCAUCUCCAACCUGGUGCAGGGGCUCAAUGUGCACCUGGGCACUUUAAUUGGCCUCAACCCUGUGGGCCCCGAGUCUCAGAUUCGCUACUACAUGACCGACGCACCCACUGUUACCAGUGACUGCAUUUCCUUGGACAUCAAUGCUAUUCUCUUCCUGCUGGGCAAACCCAUUGUCUUGCCCAAGGAUGCCACCCGCUUCACGUUGCCACCAGAUAUGGGCACCACCGACACCAUGGUAACUGUGGGCAUCUCCCAGCACAUGUUCGACUCUACCUUCCUGCUGCUGCAGAAGGCUGGCACCCUCAACCUGGACGUCACGGGGCACCUGGAGUCGGAUGACAACCCACUGAACACCUCUGCACUGGGCCGGCUCAUCCCUGAGGUGGCCCGCCAGUUCCCUGAGCCCAGGCCCUUGGUGCUCAAGGUGCGGCUGGGGGCCACGCCCGUGGCCACACUUCGUACCAACAAUGCCAUGCUGCGACUGCAGCCCUUCGUGGAGGUUCUGGUCCCAGCCUCCAACUCAGCUUUCCAGUCCCUCUUCUCUCUGGAUGUGGUAGUGAACUUGACCCUCCAGCUCUCCGUGUCCAAGGUGAGGCUGCAGGCGACCACGUCUGUCCUGGGAGAUGUCCAGCUCACCGUGGCCUCCUCCAACGUGGGCUUCAUUGAUAUAGAUCAAGUGCACAAGCUCGUGGGCACCGUGUUUGAGAAGCCCCUGCUGGACCACCUCAAUGCUCUCUUGGGCAUAGGACUUGCUCUCCCCAACGUGGUCAACCUCUUCUACGCCAACCCAGAGGUCUUUGUCCAUGAGGGCUACGUCGUGAUAUCCAGCGGACUCUCCUACCAGCGCUGA